AUGGUUAGGAGAGGGGGAGUGAGCGAGCGCGGAGAGGCGAGCGGGCCGGCCAUCGGCCUCCUCGGAGGGCCGUCUACGGCGCCGCUCACCUCGUCAUGUACUGGGCCGGUACCGGCCACCCCGACAUGUCGUCCUCCAGCCGGUCCAAAGAGAGCAGUAGCUCGGGCUCCCGCAGUUCUCGAUCGGGUGCCUCCACAUCCAGCUCGGGCGCGGGGCCGCCGCCACCGCUCGCCGUCCAGCAGCCGCUCUUCGCGUCGCUCGCCGUCCCCGCGCCGCCGCAGUAGGAGGCGAUCCCCAGGACGGCGUUCUCGAUCCCCGGGACGGCGUUCUCGAUCCCCGAGACGGCGCUCUCGGUCCCCGGGACGACGCUCUCGGUCCCCGGGGCGGCGCUCUCGGUCCCCGGGGCGGCGCUCUCGGUCCCCGGGACGGUGCUCUCGGUCCCCUGAACGGCGCUCUCCAAGUCGGAAUUCUGAAUCUUCAGUGGAACAGAGUUUGCGGAUAACUGUUGGAAAUGACCGAUAUGGCUUUGACACACCUGAGAGAAAGAGAUUAUCUGAUAGACUAGGCUCCCCGGUUGAUAGUCUGAGUGAUGUAGACAGAGAUGACUUGGCUGAUGGUCCAAUAUUUAGCAGACGUCUUUCACGUUCCCGAAGCAUUGAGCGAUACCCUUCUUGUGAAGAGAAUGCUUCUAGCCCUUACCAUAUGAUAAGACAUGAUAAAGAUUAUCGCAGUAGGGAUGUUUUUAUCCACAAACCGGACUAUGGCGUAAGCUAUGACCAUCUACAGGAACAGUCAAGAGAAACUGAUAGGGAUGGUGAACCAGUUAGAAAGUCCCUAUACUCAUCAGAGGAUAGAGGGCGAGAACUGAAACGUGCUCGGUAUGAUAGAGAUGAAAGAUCAAUUGACAUGAGCACAGAGACUCAGGGUUUCUUGCCAGGAACGCGAAACUAUCGUAAAAGAAGUCUCAGUAGAAGCCCAAGCCCGCCAUAUCUGGAUGAGGAGUUCCGUGAACUUGAAAAUGCUAGGAGAAAAAAAAAAGAGGAGGCACUCGGCAGAAAUUUAAAUCGGGAACUCUCUGGUAAUGGCUACAUGGUGCCUAGCUCAACUAGCACAAUACAGUCUACUGAACCUCGGUACCUGUACAGACCUGAUGAAGCACCAGCAAUGCCAAAAAAAUCUAUCUUGAAGAAACGUGUGGAUGAUCCUUCUGUGCAGCCUGAUGUCUUCUCUAAAACAUCUGUCAAAGAGCCUCCACUUCUUUCAGAUCCUCCUCCUUCACCCCAGCAUAGCACUCUUGCUCCUUUUGCAUUGGAGGUGGAAAAUUUCCUCAAACAGUUCAAUAAAAAUGCAGUUGCAGAACUAGCUGCCAAUAAGGAGUCUAAAAGUGCUGGGCACGAUUGGAGACCAUAUUCAGACCAAAACCAAAGUUCCUUUCCUUUUUCACAAAACUCUGGAAGUUUUUUAACUCCGAAGGAGCAUACUGAGUUGACAUCAGAGCCUGUUGACUGGCAGAAUGACUUCUUGCUUCCUCAUGAAAGAGCUAGCCAGGACGGGAGUGGCUUUUCACGUAUUCUGGGCAUGAUGGCUGAUUCUACUCAAGAAAAGAGAAGGCGCAGCUUGCCAGAUGACAUAGAGGAUGAAGAGAAAUUCCUGUAUGGUGAUUAUGAGGAUGACUCCGAUACUAACUCCCCCUGUGCCCCAAAGGUAGCACAGAAUGCUGGAAAAGAACCUGUAAGACAGAAAGCAAAUUCUCCCCCUCCCCCUGUUCCAUCUGUAAAAGCAGACAUUUCAGAAGAACCCAGGCCAGAAUAUGAGAAGAUCCAUGACUUGCUCAAAACAAUUGGGCUUGACAUUGGGGUUGCUGAAAUUGGUAAGCUUGCUGCCCGCACACAGGAACGACUCCAUGGGAAGAAACCUUCUCGUUCUCCGGAUCACCAUGUAGUGUCUUCUCAUAAACCAGAAUCCCAGGAGAGGCGACGCAGUCGAAGUAAUACUCUUUCUCCAGAAUCAAGUCGAAAGCACUCACUCUCCCCUCCUGGUUCCUUCCCACAAUCUAAAGAUAUGUCUUCUCUUUCUAAAUCUGAUCACAAAACACACAAGACUCUAAGGCAGGACAAUUCUUCCAGUACACCAGAGGGGACAGUUCCCCCGAUACCUGUAAUUCCAUCGGCCCCCCCUUCUCUUUCUAAUUUAUCUCCUCCCACCUCUGUUUCCCAAUACAAUGUGUCACACUUUCCACCAUUCACUGCAACACAGUUACCACAAAAUUAUCCCUCUCCCACAAUGCCCCCUCCUGGCUAUGAUGCAUAUGGACACUAUAUGGCUUAUGCAGCUUCUGGCUGGCCCAUGUAUGCUCAGCAGGCUGACCCAGCACUUUCAGACAUACAUGGGCUUGUCCCUCUGCCAGUGCCACCAAAUCCAACACGACCAAACCUCCGGGUCAUUGAGACAGUUUCCACAGGCAGAGGGGCUCCUGAUAUCAAGCGAGAUGAUUCUCUGCGUAUGCAGCUCCCUAGUGCGACUCCUUAUUUGAAAGUACUUCCUCAGUACCCUCAGCCUCCUUUUGAAAAUUCCAAGGAAAGAGUAUCUGAUGAAAGAAACCGUGCUUCUCAAAAGCAAAAGGUAAUGGAAGAAAGAGAGAAGUUGAAGGCUGAACAAGAAGCCAGACAGAAGAAACUGCACUAUCUGAAGACUGAGUUAAACAGACUUUCAAAACAGCAAGGGGAAAUGCUGCGGAAGAAACGUAGGGAGAAGGAUGGGCACAAGGAUCCCUUACUAGUGGAAGUGAAUCGCCUACAAGAGAAUAUUAUGAAAGAGAUUACUCAAUUGAAGAUGAGUGUUGAUGCUGCAGAGAAGAAACAAUCUGAGCUUGACAAGGUAGCUCAGAUUCUAGGGAUUAAUAUUUUUGAGAAAUCCCGGAAACCAUCUUCAGAAAAUAAAGACUCCUCAGAAAAAAAUAAAUCAGAAAAUGCAAAAACUCAGGAGAGAACUUCCAGCUCAAUCAAGGAAUCCAGAGCUACAGGUGACAAGCCAAAGGAUAAGAGCCCCAAGCCUACAGACUCCUCUUCACCGUCCUCAAAACACCAUCACCAGGAGGGCAGUAUUUAUAAUUAUUACGAUGCAGGAAACCAUUGGUGCAAGGACUGCAAUACCAUAUGUGGAACCAUGUUUGAUUUUUUCACACAUCUGCAUAAUAAAAAGCAUAGACAGACCCUAGAUCCAUAUAACAGACCUUGGACAAAGACAGAAAAUGAAACGAAGCAAGAAGUCGUGAAACACAUUGACAAAAUACCUGUUCCUGCCAAAGGCUCUGAAUUUCUUAUCCCAGUCACUGGAUAUUACUGCCAAAUCUGCCAUGAAUUUUUUGGAGACCAAAUAUCAGCAGAACAACAUGUGAAGAGUCAUCCACAUAACGAGAAGUAUAAAAAACAUAUUGAUGAAAAUCCACUUUAUGAAGAGAGAAGGAACCUAGACCGCCAGGCAGGCUUGUCUGUGAUUCAAGAAACAGAACGCAGGUUGAAACGAAAGCAGUGUGAAAAGCAAAAAGAGGAGAAAGAUGAAAAGAUUGUAAAAGUAGCAAGGAGGGAGGAACCAAAUACUAUAAAAGAACUAGAAGAUGGGGAUAAUGAUCAUGACAUUAAUAAAAAGGAUGAAAUUCCUAAUGGGCAAAAAUGUGGAAUUAAGCUUAGACUGAAGAAAUAUGACAAAGAAGUUGAGAAGAAAGAGGGCAAAACAGAAGAAUCACCCAAAGACUCAAGACUGUCAUCUUUUGGAAAAUUCAGCUGGAGAAAGACUGAGAAAGAUGAAAAAAGUCAAGGAAAAGAUGUAGCUGCUCCUAAGGAAGAGAGUGUUGAGGAAUGCAAAGAUAAAGAAAGUAAGUCCCAGCCUGCAAAAUCAAAUUCAAAACCUAUUGCGAUCAAGUUAUCUGGGAAAACCGUUAUCCCACACACUAGUCCCUGGACACCAGUUGUUUCAACUCCAUCACAAUCAAAAAUCAGACCUAAUUUACCAGUACCCACGAUGGUUCUCAGAAAGUCUGCAACUGCAACAGUAAGCAAGCCAGCACCAUUAAAUACUUUCCUGUCUAUAAAGUCUUCUGGUGCCACUACUAAGCCACUUCCGGUUGUUAAAGAAGGUAGUUCAGAAAUAGUUCUGCCUCCAGAUAUUAUUUCAAAAGCAUUUGGGGGAGAAGUAGUAGUUUUAAAGGGCUCCCAGGAGAAUGCAAAGCUGCCGGAACAAGCAGAGGAACAAGAGCAAGAAAGCGUGACAAAAGCCUUAGACCAUGCAAAGGCUCUAGAACAUGCAAAGGCCAGUGCAGUAAAGGCACAGGAACAAGCAGCUGUUAUGGCAAAUGCACAAGCAAAGGCACGGGAGCUUGCAGCUAAAGCAAAAGAGCAAGAGAUUAUAAGAAUGGCAUUGAUAAAUGAGUCUUUGAUUUAUGAUAGAUCACGACGCCCUCCAUUGUUGCAGCUGCCACCAAGACCGCCACUGGCAUUAACACGGCCACUGCCGCCGCCACCACCGCCGCCACCACCACCAUUUUCACCAUCACCCUUGCUGCCAGCAAACCAGACAGUUAUCUUGGCAGACGAUAUGGCUCCUGGUGUGUCUGAGGAUGAUAAAAACAUACUGGCAAUGCCCAUGUGUCCUCGUCCUUUGCCACCUCCAACCAUUUUCAGGGACCAUGUUAAAAAACUAGAGAAAAAGAACACUUCCCUAGCUGCAGGUAAUGCCCAAGAUCUGUAUGAUAUUUUCUAUAACAGCAGUGGGAGGAGUCCAGCUGACAGUAAACCUGUGAGUUCUGCAACUUCAGAUAAAGGAAAAUUAAAUCCUGUUGAGAGAGGGCAAAACACAGACCAGCUCUUAGAUUCUAAACCAAGCAACAAUGUGUUACCUCAAGAGUCUCUAUGCAAUGUGUACAGUUCUUCAGAUGUUAGCAAACUCCCCUUAAAUGAUAGAACCCUAGAAAAAGAGGAAGUAAAAGUUGAGAAACGUUCGGCAGUCUGGGACGAAACCAUUGAAUGCAAAACUAUUGGUGAUGGAGAAUCAGGGAAAGUCUCCUUUUCAGAUACAGAGUCUACAUCGGGAUAUUUGGAAACCUCGGAACUGAAUGAUCUUCCAGCAAGUGCCUCUGCUUUCUUUCAGAAAAAGGAAGAAAUAAAUGGAUUUAGCAAGAAGUCACCACAGCUUGAAAAAGCAGAGUUAGAUAUGCAGUUGUCAGAAAUUAACACUUUUUCUUUGGAAGAUGAUAGCAAGAAGGCAUCAGAGCUUGAGGAAACAGAGCAUUUAUCUUUUGAUAUUAAUAAGUUAGCUGUGCAGUUCUCAGACAGUGUUGCAUCUUUGGAAGGUGUUAGUAAGGAGCCUUUGAAGUCUGAGAUGUCAGAAUUCGUCUUGCAGUUUUCAGAAAGCAGUGCCCCUUCUUUGGAAGAUAACAAGAAGCCAUCAGAGCUUGAGACAACAGAGUGUAAAUCUCCUGGUGAUAAAAAAUCAACAGUGCAAUUGCUAGAACACACAGUUACAUCUUUAGAAGAUCUUACCAAGAAGCCAUUGAAGCUUAAGACGCCAGAAUUAGUCAUGCAGGUGUCAGGAAGCAGCACUAUACAAUUGGAAGAACAUGACAAGAAUCGAUUAGCACUUGAGACAGCAAAGGAUAAGUUAAUACUGCAGUUGUUUGAAGAGAGCACUGGUCCUUUAGAAGAUGCUAUUGAGAAACCAUCAGAGCAGCAAACAAAGGGACUUAAUUCUCCUCAUGAUCAAGAGUUAACAGGGCAAUUACCAGAUGAGAGUAUUGAUUUUACUGACAACUCUGUGGUCACAAGAGAUAUUGCUGUGACUGGUGACAAAGACAUGAAUGAAAAGCCACAAAACCAACAAAAAUAUGAGGUUUAUGCCAAAUCCAAGCUGAAUGAGGUUGAGAAUGAUUUGGAAAUGAAAGCGUAUGUGGCAAAUUUAACUGAAAGAGAUGUUGGAAGAAAUCCUCCAGAAUUAGUAGGAUAUGACUUUGGAGGUAGUAAGGGAGAGGAUUCAGAGUCAUUUGAAACACAGACUGAAACUAAGGGAGAAGGGCCUGUAGUAGCAGCAGAGAACCUACUUGCUCUUAGUUCUGAACUGACAAUUUCUACAUGGGUUUCAGAUAUGCAUGUGCAGAGUCAGCAGGUGUGGGAGUCAAUAGACUCCUCUUCAAAAACGAAUGAAGAAGAUCCUCAAAUGGUAGUCACUGAUCAGAGUUCUUCUGGAUCAACACUAGAUCUAACCCUGGGCACUGGGGGAUUUCAGAGACUUGAAUCAGGAACCAGUGAGGAAAUUCCUCAACAUUCCAAGAUCCAGAACACAGAUGCAGAAUUGAAGCUUUUAAAUGAAGGUGAAUUAGACUCCUUCCAUGUGAAUAAUGAAAGAGAACUAUUGGCUUGUUCUCAGCCAAAGGAUGGUGAGGAUUUUCAUGUACUCAGUGUUCCAGAAUCAGGAGAGAUGCCAAAUGAGUGCCUUACUAAUGUAACAUCGAUAAGCAGCACACUAGGAAAACAUGAAGAAAUAGAUGCAUCAUUAAGCUCUGGAGCCAAGGUUUCUGGAGCCAUGGAUUCCCAAGCAGAGGAAACUUUGAGCAGUAUUUCUUCUAUAAAUGUUGAAACUAGUUCCAACAAACAAUUAAUGUUUAUAAAAAAUAGCACACAUGGAUCUUCUAGAUCUCAUGUGGAGUUAAAUGAUACAAAAGGGACAGAUUUAAUAGAAACAAAAAAUCCUGGCUGUUCCAAUAUUCAACCAGAGAUGACUGAAGAAUUAUUCGAUUCUGUUCCAUCAGAAAUCAGUGUUGGGAAUCUUGGAAAUAAAGCCCUUACUUUCACAGAAAUUAACACUGAGACCUUGAAUCCCUCAGCAGUUGGUGACCUUAACUUGAAUUCUACUUAUUCAGAAUUUAAUUUUCAUCAGCCUACAAGUCUUACUCUCAGUUUAAACACUGAACAUGAUAGAGAGUCUUCAAAGUCUGAUGAAAUAAACUCUAUUAAUCCACCCAGACUGAAAUCAGGUCUGGAAAUUCAAACCAUUGAUAUUAGUCUGGGGGAUAUUGAAGUAGAACCUGAGCAGUUGGGCCUCCUGCCAUCAGAAAUUCUACAUGAAGAUAAUGUAAACAGCCCAAAGUUAGCAUCUGUUGUAUCAGUUUGUUUAGAACCUAGUAAAACUAGUGAGCCGGGCAUUGACCAACCCAUUAGUGAACCAGAAAUGAUUGAUUUUGUUGCAUUAACCUCUGGGAAUCAGGUUAAGUUUUGCUCUACGGUUUAUGAUGUCAUUGGCCCACAUGAUGUCUCCCCAUCAAAUGAUGGCACUGCAGAAUCAAAUAUGCCACUAAUUGAAAUGCACGGUGUUUCCAAAGUGUUGCAAGUAGAUGCUGAUAAAUGUGUCACUUCUGGUAUGGCAUUGUUGAAUUCUGAUGGAAAAGAAUUGCAAAACCAAGAGGUCACAUGCAUGGAAUCCCUACUUCCAGUUCUGAAAGAAACUUCUAUAGAAUUGGGAGGCUCAGGUGACAGUGAGCUGUGCAGGGUGAAGAAUGAGACACAGACAUCUGGAGGGGAGCCAACCAAAACAGAAGAGGGAAAAAAUGACAAUACAUUUGAGGUUAUUGGUAAGUUGACUUCAGAUGUCCCUGAAAGUUCUACAGAGCAUCUGGUAAGUUGAGAUAAAAUAAGCCCAAAUGUUUUAAUAGCAGUUGUUGAGAUUUUGUAAAUACUCUAGCUAUAAAGUUUAACAGAUGGGGCAUCUAGUAGCUUGCAAUAGAUAUUAGGUAAAAUCCAAUAUUUUUUGCCCCUCAAAAUGGUUUCCAUACUGAAAUGUGUAAAAUGUUUCCUCCUCCAUCCCUGAUCACUUAAGUUCUUAUUUCCUGCCAUUAAAAUUGAAUUUCUAAUUUGCAGUAUGUAUGUUUGGGUUAUGACUGGGAUGUUUUCUUUUGUUAGGGGAGGGUAAUUUCUUUUUGCAUCUAUCUUUGACUUUUAAUGGUUUCUAAUUUACACAGCUUUUGUAAGUAACAUUCCACGUACAACACUGGCAAGUGAAACACUGACACGUGUUCAGAACUUGAAGAGAAUGAAGGCUCUUGCUGAAGCAUUUAAGCAGAAAGUUUUCUUUGUAAUGUUAUGCUUGUAUUGUAGUUCAAAAUGUAAAAUGCAUGAAAAGUGUUCUGCAUUUUUUUAAAAAAAUGUAAUCAAAUUGUAUUGCACCUGUAAAAAAGACUGUAAUGCCAUAUUGUGUAAAAUCCUGUGUGAAAACUCAUCUGACUGAACAAAGGAGAAAAAUCUGCCAGCUCGCUUUUGGAAAAGAAAACUACUUGGUAAGGCUGUGGCCACACAUCUGGACUCUGCAUAUUGAGGCCACUUGCAUGAUUUAAUGUCACUUUUCCUUACAUUGUAUUGCAAUACAGUAACUGUUUGUGUUAAAUUGUUUAGCAGCUGCCCAACUUAGAAGAAGUAGAAGAUCUGAACUUUGCUCUCAGGAUUGGAUUCACAUAGCCAGACAUUACAUGCCCGAAUGAUCCCCUGAGCCACCAAAUACUGUUGUAUGAAGGUUUUCAUUUACUCAGCUUGUCAAGAUGUGCAGUAAAUAUUUGCAUGUAUUUGUCUAAAGGGUUUUGUCUGUAAAUCUCAAAUAAACCCAUGAUGAUCUAAGAUA